AUGGCGCGAUUACCAAGUGAAACUCAAAGAAUAAUCGAUCAGUAUCUGGACCAAUAUAAAAUACCAAGAAUCGAAGAACCAUCUAGAUACUAUCCAGUAUCAACAACAACAUCAGUGGUAGCCGUAAGAUUUGAUAAAGGAGUCACCAUGGCUGGUGAUUCGCAAAUCACCUUUAAUAACAUGGCGAAAUAUUUUGGCAAAAGACGAAUUAUAAGGAUAAAUGAAAACAUAGUAUUAGGUUGCAGCGGCGACUUCGCGGAUUAUCAGCAUUUGUUGAAGCGAAUUAAGGAGAUGGUUACAGAUGAUGUUCAGUUCAAUGAUGGUCGUAUUCUGCUUCCUAGUGAAUUGCACACCUGGCUGACACGAGUUGUUUAUGGCAGAAGAAGUACUGUGGACAAUUUAGGAACAGCUUAUACAGACCGUGUGGUUGCCACAGGUUUGGGCAGUUAUCUAGCAACACCGCUAAUUCGAGAAUAUUUAAACCCGGACAAACCAUACAUGACUCAAUUUGAAGCUGAAAGUUUAGUUGAGAAAUGUAUGCAUGUCAUGUUUUAUAGAGAUUCUCACAGCUCUGCUAAUUAUCAAUUAGCAACAAUUACUACAGACAAGAAUAUAAGGAUUUAUAGCGACAUAGACAUAGAGCAAGACUGGGAUCUAGCAAAUAUAGUCUGA